ACAAAUCCUGAAUCGUAUAAAUUGCUUUGUUUUGUCAUUUUGUGUAAUUUUUUUGUAAAAAUUUAGACAGCCUCUUUAAUUUUCGUACUAGUUGUGUUUAUUUAUUAUAAAUAUUUCGAAUAGGUGAAUUUUUGCAUUAGACUGGGUCUUAAUGUUGUCUCAGAAGAAAAGAAAAAGUGAUAUUUCUCCAGAUGAAAUCCAGCUAACUCCUGAUGACAAUGAUGGGAUUAGUGAACAAGAAAAACCAAAUAAACUUGGCCAAUGGUUGAAUUUAUUCGAUUCAUGGUCAAAUAAAGAACGUUUAACUGCUCUAGAGUCUUUAAUUUCAAGUGAUAUCUGUGAUGCCGGACAAAUACGGCAUCUUUAUUCAUUAAUAGAACCACAACUUCAGCGAGAUUUCAUAAGCCUGUUACCUAAAGAACUGGCUCUUUAUGUAUUGCAUUUUUUAGAGCCUAAAGAUUUGUUAAGAGCUGCUCAAACCUGUCGUACCUGGAGGAUAUUGUGUGAAGAUAAUUUACUUUGGAGAGAAAAAUGUCAAGAAGAAGGUUUAUUGGAUGACGGAGAAUUAUUAAGUGGUGCUUAUGGGUUCAAUGGUUCAUCAUCCAGCUGUGAUUAUAGUACAUUAAGUGAUGGUUCAAAUAGUAUACCCUUUAUACGAUCAGAAUAUAAGAAAGGUUAUCUGAAACAAAAAACGAUAGAAUAUAAUUGGAGAUAUGGACGUUUCCCGAAUGACCUCAGUACAGAGCAACAGCAACAGCAGUCCCAACAAUCUCAGCAGUCACAAGAGCCAAAGGUCAAGCAUAAAAUGCUUAAAGAAAUAUUACAUCUCAAAGGUCAUGAUGAUCAUGUAAUUACUUGUUUACAAUUCAAUCCUGAAUCUAACCUGAUUGUAAGUGGAAGUGAUGAUAACACUUUGAAAGUUUGGUCUAGUAUUACUGGCAAAUGCCUGCGUACGCUUACUGGUCAUACAGGAGGUGUUUGGUCAUCUCAGCUUUCUCCGCACAACAUUGUGAUCUCAGGGUCAACUGAUAGGACUCUUAAGGUUUGGGAUGCCCUCAGUGGAAAGUGUAAGCACACUCUUUAUGGUCACACUUCUACAGUCAGAUGCAUGGCUUUACAUGGUGAUCAAGUUGUCUCUGGAAGCCGAGACACAACUCUGCGAGUUUGGGAUAUUAACACGGGAAAUUGUUGCCAUGUUCUAGUUGGACAUUGCGCUGCUGUUAGAUGUGUUCAGUUCAAUGGUAAAAUUGUAGUCUCCGGUGCCUAUGAUUAUCUUGUUAAAGUAUGGGAUGCUCAAACAGAAACCUGUCUUCACACCUUAGAAGGUCACUCUAAUAGAGUUUAUUCACUUCAAUUUGAUGGAGAAAAUAUUGUCUCCGGGUCAUUAGAUACUUCUAUACGUGUUUGGUCCGCUAGCACUGGUUCAUCUAGGCAUUGCUUAACAGGUCAUCAAUCUUUGACCAGCGGAAUGCAGCUUCGGGGAAAUGUGCUAGUUUCGGGUAAUGCUGAUUCUACUGUUAAAGUUUGGGAUAUUAACACUGGCGAAUGCUUACAAACUCUUGCUGGAGAAAAUAAACAUCAAAGUGCGGUUACAUGUCUUCAAUUUAAUUCUAAAUUUGUGAUUACUUCAAGUGAUGAUGGAACAGUUAAACUAUGGGACCUUCAGACUGGAGAGUUUAUUCGUAAUCUAGUUUCACUUUCUAGUGGUGGCUCCGGCGGAGUUGUAUGGAGAAUCCGAGCCUCUCAUACGAAAUUAGUGUGUGCCGUCGGUUCAAGGAAUGGUACUGAAGAAACCAAAUUAUUAGUUUUAAAUUUUGAUACUGACGAUAAUUCGCUACAAUCUGAAACCUCUAGCGCAUAUUUAAGUGAUCCUAGGUCAACAAGUACCCUUUGAUAUAACAAAUCCUUUGGACUCGAAAGUUUCUUUCAAUUAUUCCCCCUUUCCAAUUCAUCCCAUCUCUCUCUCCCUCACUCUCAUUCUUUCUCUAUAUUUCUUUUUCUAGCUCCUUCUUUCUUCGCUUUUAUCUCUUUUCCUUUUUCCUCUAUUGUGUCCACUUCAUUGGUGUGUAACUAUACCGUCAGAUCAAGAAAUGAAACCAAGAAGAAAAGUUAUAUUCAAGCCAGGCUUACAAAAAUACAAGAACAGCUAUCAAUUUUCUCAUAAUUUUUACCUGAGCUUUGCUUUGCUAUGUUUGACUCAAUUACUCUUUCACUUUUUUUUCCUUCCCAGCAUGAAUCAAAUCACUAGGAACUGAUUAAUUAUUAUACAUAUUGAUUAAUCAAUUUAUACACCUGUAACUUAUAUACAUACAUAUUAAUAGCUCUAAUUAUAGUGAUGAUUGAUUUUAUUUGUGUUGGAGAAAAAGAAAAAGUGAGAUUCGCCAAGAAAAACUUGUGAAAAAAAAUCAAAUUUCUACAAUUUGAACUCUAUGUAAACUAUCUUCUCAUCGAUUUCCCCUAUUUCUGUCCCACAUAACAGGGACUAACAAGGCCUUUUUUCCAAUAAAUAUUUCCAAAGAUUAAACAAAUUGAAGCGAUUGAAAUGCUUGUAAUUAACAUAAAAAAUGACCAAUUAUAAUGAUGUACACAUCACACAUCUUAAUUUCCUCCAAUGAGAAAUCAACAAGAUGGUGAUGAAAGCAGCUCAAUGUAAAGAGUGAUUAACAAGAUAAUAAACAAAUUGUUCUUU